GCGGUCACUGUGUGGGGGCGCGGUGACAGUUGAGCGAGGGGCACCCUUGGGGUCACCCCCUCCCGGCGCCCUUGAGCGCUGUGCAGGCCGUGAGCCGAGUGGAGGGGCUGGGAGGUUGGCCAGACUCCCUAGGGUCGCAGGGGGAUGGAGAAUGCGUGCGUCCCCCGCCCCACCCCCGUGUUGGGAAAGGUGGAAUUACCCGGUUGGGGGCUCCUACACUUGCCGAGCCUCAGCGCCCGCUCUGUGUACUCUGAGGUUGGGAGAGGCAGGUAACUUAAAAAGCGCUGGUCCCUCAGUGCAGGGGUUGCAAAGUGGGUGUGUAGCUGUGGUACUGUAUGCCUUGGUAUUUGGGGAGGAGCCUAAGGUAAGGAGGCAGAAACUGGGAGUAACCUAUUUGCUGCUUUUAUAUAAGAUCAGUUGUUAGGUAAAGAAGGGGCCUUUACCUCUGCUGGGGAUCAGAAGGCUGCAUUUCUAAAUUCUUCUUGUUAGCUUCCGUUGCUUAGAUUUGAAAGACAUCAACUUUAAGCCACAGCGUACAAGAAGGUCAUUUUCUCAAACAAGAGGCACCCUUCCACGGUAGAAAUUACCAUGGUUGACACAGAGAUGCCAUUUUGGCCCACCAACUUUGGAAUCAGCUCCGUGGAUCUCUCCGUAAUGGAUGACCACUCUCAUUCUUUUGACAUCAAGCCCUUCACCACUGUGGAUUUCUCCAGCAUUUCCACUCCACACUAUGAAGACCUUCCAUUCGCAAGAGCAGACCCAAUGGUUGCUGAUUAUAAGUAUGACCUGAAGCUCCAAGAGUACCAAAGUGCAAUCAAAGUGGAGCCUGCAUCCCCACCUUAUUAUUCUGAAAAGACUCAGCUGUACAGUAAGCCUCAUGAAGAGCCUUCCAACUCCCUCAUGGCAAUUGAAUGCCGUGUCUGUGGAGAUAAAGCUUCUGGGUUUCACUAUGGAGUUCAUGCGUGUGAAGGAUGCAAGGGGUUCUUCCGGAGGACAAUCAGAUUGAAGCUCAUUUACGAUAGGUGUGACCUUAACUGUCGUAUCCACAAAAAAAGUAGAAAUAAAUGUCAGUACUGUCGGUUUCAGAAAUGCCUUGCUGUGGGGAUGUCUCAUAAUGCCAUCAGGUUUGGGCGGAUGCCACAGGCGGAGAAAGAGAAGCUGUUGGCAGAGAUCUCCAGUGAUAUCGACCAGCUGAAUCCAGAGUCGGCAGAUCUCCGGGCCCUGGCAAAACAUUUGUAUGACUCAUACAUAAAGUCCUUCCCGCUGACCAAAGCAAAGGCGAGGGCGAUCUUGACAGGAAAGACAACAGACAAAUCACCAUUUGUUAUCUAUGACAUGAAUUCCUUAAUGAUGGGAGAAGAUAAAAUCAAGUUCAAACACAUCACCCCCUUGCAAGAGCAGAGCAAAGAAGUGGCCAUUCGCAUCUUUCAGGGGUGUCAGUUCCGCUCAGUGGAAGCUGUGCAGGAGAUCACAGAGUAUGCCAAAAGUAUCCCUGGUUUUGUAAACCUUGACUUGAAUGACCAAGUAACUCUCCUAAAAUAUGGUGUCCAUGAGAUCAUUUACACGAUGCUGGCCUCCUUGAUGAAUAAAGAUGGGGUUCUCAUAUCAGAGGGCCAAGGAUUCAUGACAAGGGAGUUUCUAAAGAGCCUGAGAAAACCCUUUGGUGACUUUAUGGAGCCCAAGUUUGAGUUUGCUGUGAAGUUCAAUGCACUGGAAUUAGAUGACAGCGACUUGGCAAUAUUUAUAGCCGUCAUUAUUCUCAGUGGAGACCGCCCAGGUUUGCUGAAUGUGAAGCCCAUUGAGGACAUACAAGACAACCUGCUGCAAGCCUUGGAGCUCCAGCUCAAGCUAAACCACCCGGAGUCCUCCCAGCUCUUUGCCAAGCUGCUGCAGAAAAUGACAGACCUCAGACAGAUUGUAACAGAACAUGUGCAGCUAUUGCAAGUAAUAAAGAAAACAGAGACAGACAUGAGUCUCCACCCGCUCCUACAAGAAAUUUACAAGGACUUGUAUUAGCAGAGAAGUCCAAAUUCACUGACCACGUUUUCCUUCUUCCAGUUGCACUAUUAUUUUGAGGGAAAAUCUGACACCUAAAAAAUUUACUGUGAAAAAGCAUUUUAAAAAAGAAAAGGUUUUAGAAUAAUAGAUCUAUUUUAUGCAUAUUGUUUAUAAAGAUACAUUUACAAUUUACUUUUAAUAUUAAAAAUUACCGCAUUAUGAAA